UUUCAGCAGCUGAGUAGUAUUGAACUAUAUUAUUAUAAAAAUUGAGGGGCGCUUUCUAGUUCUUAAAACCAAAAGAGUAAAAAAAAAAAAAAGAGGAGCCAAAAUGGAAAAUAUGAGGCCUGGAAUUGAUUAUGAAAAGCUCCAAAAAACGCAGGCAAGUAGGAUGAUAAUUUCAUAUCACGAAGUCUUGCAGCUUCUUGCUUCUCCUUUUUCCUUCGACUUUUACUUCUCAUCUAUAGUUAAAACAGGAAAGCCACUGACAUGGGAUUUGUCCCAACCUCCUCGUUGCCUUUCUCAAUCACCAUAACUGCUACCACUACUAUGACCAUCAGAAAACCACGUCUCCUCCACCACCACAACCGCCACAGCAGCCGCCUUCACUUCCUUUCAAAGUGUUCUCUUCUUCCUAGGAAAUGCAGUUUAAAUCUUGGGAGAUCAUGGAGGCUUCCUUGCAGCGUUCCUUGCAGCCUAUUGAAAGUUGAAGAGGAUGUAGAUGAUGAAGCAUGCGAGUUAGUCAGUGGAUUGGAGCUUUCAAUAGUGGAAGGCGAUGAUAGCAUCAAUACUUAUCUGUUGAACGCAGUGAAGAAUAAUAAUGGAACUGGGACAUUGCUCUUGUCUGGUAUUUUUGGGUUUGAAGAUUCAUCUACAAGAGAAUUCGCAUAUCGUGUGGCUUGUAAUGGCUACAAGCAUGAUAUUGGUUUGGUAUUCGUAAUUGCCGCACUUAUGUUUGUUUCAUUCAUUCUUAGAUCCAUUUUCCGCGCAAGUUGAAAUUGGCUCUUCGAGCUUCCAUAACUUUCUUGUGUAAUGGAACAGUGGAUCACAAAACAGGAACCACAGAGGGUCAGAAAAGACAUCGAUGCAUCAACAAAAGGGAUGGUUGACGAAUUCUUAGCUGCAGGAAUAUCUAAGAAGCAUGGCAUAAUUGGGUAUCCUUCUAUGGUACAAGGAUGGACCCUCCUUUAACCUCCACCAUAAAGCUUCCUAUGCUCUUUAUUUCAGGUGACAAUGACCCUCUUUGUACAGUCGGUGUCUUGUGAGAAGAGGAUCGGUGAGGGGUCGAAGGCGGUAAUUUUUUAAGGAAGAGGUCAUGGCUUUGCUCGUCAUCCGAACUCUCCUGAAGAAGAUACAGAUGCAGAGGAGGCUUUUACAAUUAUGAGAAAUUGACUGCAUUAUGGUUUGGUCAUGCAAAACUGAAAGCAAGUUAAUGAAUGUCCAAGCAUAUUCAUUAUACAGAACAAGUCUGCCACUGAUGAUGACAAGGGAAAAAUCUUUCGUCGUUCUGUGUUUGAUGUGGCCAAUGAUUUCUUGGUAUUGCUUAUAUGGCAGGCUGCUGCUUGAAUUGGAGAACUCCCUGUAUGUAAGGGAUAAGGACCUACCUAAUUAG